UCCUAAGCGAUUCAUCGAUGCUUUCACCCACUAUCAAAGUUAUUCUUCCCAUGUAAACUUCAUCCUGUACAACAGCAGCUCUGAGUUUUCCAACCACAAGCAACUGUUCACAAGAAGUACGUGCCAUCUUUUUGUUGCAGGCAGUUUUCAGAUGUGCUUGAGGAACGCAAAAUUUAUAAACAUUAAUGGGAUUAUUCCUCGCCUUCUUUCAAAGUACAAUACGCUCGAAGCACAAUACACUCGAAGCACAAUACACUCGAGGCACAAUACACUCGAAGCACAAUACACUCAACGAACUCAGGCUAAUCUUCACACGGAUCUCUGAAAUCGAUCAUGAUGUCAUUCCUGUCAACGAGUACUGGGUCUUGAGAAGGAUUCACAUAAAAACUGCGGAGAAAAAUCCGAAAGCGUGUGUAAGCACCACAUCAAUGCCUAUUACCGUACAGGUGUUAUCAGUUAUUCUUGUAAGCCCUACCAUAUUAGUCUAUUUCAAUCACAUGCAUCAGAUAAUUUUUGCCUGCUUUAUUUCUUACCACAUCCUAGUUUUAUGCUAGCCAUAUGUCACACAACCUUUUUCGAAUUCUUCAUGAAUCCCUCCUUAUCUGAAAUUGGUAUCCAAUGAACUGUGCAUAUAGGCACAACCAUAUUAAAAAUUCCACAUCACGACAUUACCGGAUAUCACCACCAUCAAUCUUUAAUUGAGCUUCAACUACAUCUUUCUCCCAUAUUUUCAGUCGUCUAAAUCGUGUGA